AUGUCAACAACUCAUCGUCGUGAUAUAAAUGCAGCAGCAGCUGCCGGAACUGUAGGUGGUGUACGUGGUGUAAUUGCUGGUGGAAUAACUGGUGCUAUUGAAAUCUGUAUAACAUUUCCAACUGAAUUUGUUAAAACACAAUUGCAAUUAGAUGAAGGAGGAAGUAGACGUGGUGAACCACGACAAUUCAAUGGUAUUGUCGAUUGUGUCAAAAAAACAGUACAUAGUCGUGGUUUUUUUGGUCUUUAUCGUGGUCUUAGUGUACUUUUAUAUGGAUCAAUACCUAAAAGUGGUGUUCGCUUUGGAGCUUUUGAAGAACUUAAAAAACAUGCUGUUGAUUCAAAUGGUCAAUUAAAUACAAAAACUCGACUUUUAUGUGGUUUAGGUGCUGGUAUAGCCGAAGCUAUAUUUGCUGUUACACCAAUGGAAACAGUUAAAGUUAAAUUUAUUCAAGAUCAAAGUUUAGCUAAACCUAAUUAUCGUGGAUUUUUUCAUGGUGUUCGUGAAAUUAUACGAACAGAAGGUAUUCGAGGUACUUAUCAAGGUUUAACAGCAACAAUGCUUAAACAAGGAUCGAAUCAAGCUAUUCGAUUUUUUGUUAUGGAAACAUUAAAAGAACAAUAUAGACAUUAUACAAAUAGAGCACCAAAUGCACCAGUACCCAUACUUGUUACAGGUAUAUUUGGUCUUAUGGCUGGUGCAGCCAGUGUUUUUGGUAAUACACCACUUGAUGUUGUUAAAACACGUAUGCAAAGUCUUGAAGCUUCAAAAUAUAAAAAUACAUGGGAUUGUGCUUCGCAAAUCAUGCGAAAUGAAGGACCAAAAGCAUUUUAUAAAGGCACUGUACCACGCCUGGGCCGUGUUUGUGCCGAUGUUGCAAUAACAUUUAUGAUUUAUGAUAAAUUUAUCGAAAUGUUUAAUCGUGUUUGGCCAAGCAAAUAG